CGGCGAUUUCUUGCGACGCCUGAAUUCAGUCGUCGUAACGCGGGAAGAACAAGCAGAGAGGCAAAAGGAUGAGCGAGCCAAAGCGGCAGCACGUUGCGGGCAGCAGCAGCAGCCGCGACCACGCUGAUGUUGCUGGUGAUGCUGGUGUUGGUGUGAGGGAGGAGGGUGUGCGUGAUGCCGUGGACCGCCAUGCCACAACAACACAAGGGCAGCAGCAGCAAGACGGGCAGCAGCAGCAACUGAGCCAGAAACAACAAGAGGAGCGCAAGAAGAAGAUGGCAGAGUACCAUGAGAAGAAGAGCGCCUACCGCCGCAGGGCGUUGGACAUGUCCGUUUGCAACAAGUGCGGCAAGAAGAGCGAGUUUACCCUGCGGAAACUGGACGCUUACUGCAGGGAAUGCUUCCGUGACGCCUUUAUUCGAAAGGCGCGCAGGGACAUGGGACAGCAUCGCAUCAUGAAGCAGAUGGAAAAGGUGAUGCUCGCGUACUCGGGCGGCAACAGGUCCUCGUGUCUGCUGGCACUGAUCCAGGAGAUGACACACGCCAAGAAGCGACCUCUUCGCAUCAACCCGUUUGUCGUCCAUAUUGACGAGCGCACGGUGUUGCCCGAGCAGCAGCGUGCUCAUGCGCCCACCAGCGAAGCAAUGCGAGAGGUUGCGUCUCGCUACGGCUUUGAGCUGCACGUGUAUGCCCUGGAGGACCUGUUUGCAGCUGACCUGCGUCGUGCACAGGACGUGCGAGAUGGCACGGCGCAACAGCUGCGCAGCGUGUUUGCAGCGCUCAAGACACCAACAGCAAAAGAAGAAAUGCUGCGAAUCCUCAGGUUUGAUCUCUUGGUGCGAAUUGCACAUCUGCACGGCACUACAAAGGUGAUGCUUGGCGACUGUGCAACGCAGCUCGCCAUGCACUGCCUCACUCUUCUCACACGUGGGCGUGGAGCAGCCAUCGCACACUUGACCGACUUCUCGACGGAGCGAGAGGGCGUCCACUUUAUGAAAGCGUUUCGUCUGCUCUCCGCAAAGGAGGUUGCGCUGUACAACUACACCGGCAGCGUGCCUGUUCUCGGCCGCACUUGCUUCACAACAAAGGCCAAUUUCAACGCGAGCUACGAGCGGUUGACGGAGCAUUUUAUUGCGGGCCUGGAGGUGGAUUUUCCAUCCACUUCAGCCUCUGUCAUUCGCAUCGCGCAGAAGCUGACACCGUCACGCGAAACCAACUCCUCGACCAGCACCACAACACCAAGUGCUACCACGGACACCAGCACCACCAGCACCACCAGCACCACCAGCACCACCAGCAGCAGCGUUGACGUGUGUGUGCUGUGCGGUGAUGCCAUUGAGCCGCGAGACAUCAAUCGCCUCGCAAACCAUCACAAGCCAAUCACCGUCAACGUGCCAAUUGGCUCCCCGGCGACCGCUACCUCGACGUGCUGCAGCUCUGCGUGCGAGUGCUCCUCAGACGCGCGUACGACUGCUGUCGAACCAUCCACACCAACCACAUCGCCAGCACCGAUGAGUGCAAUGACGAACCUUGUCAAGCUUGUUUGCUACGGUUGCAGGAACCUCCUACAACAAGCGGACGGCGCAUCACUUCAGCUGCCGCACAUCCAACCUCGCGUCGCACAGCGCGUCUCCAGGCAACGCAUGAAGGAAGAGAUUCAGGAGUUCUUGUUGAGCGACAGUGACAACGACGACGAUGCUGACGAUGAUGGUGGUGAUGUUGACACAAAGGCGGACACUAGUCAUCGGGACUAAUGACGACGAAAACAAGCAAGGAAGGAGACACAGAUGUGGUUGUUGGGAAGACAUUGGUUGUAGGCCCUAGCGCGUGUAUUGUUGUAUGUUCCCAGGUUGUGUCGUUUCAGCAGUGGUUUGGUUUGGUUUGGUUUGGUGUGAAUUCAUUUAUGCUAGCAAGCAAGCAAGCAGAACAACCUUACACUUUGCUCCCCUUGCGCUUUGAAGAGGAUAACACCAUAAAUGUUGGAAUCAAC